AUGGCGGGAGCAGGUCAUAUUAGUUUUAAAGCUACUGCCACCAAAACGCCUCUCUGCAAGCUGAGCCGCACGGGUGCCGUGGUCGAAACAGACUCGGACCUGGAGAGCGUGCUCAGCGUAAGCAGAACGGAGGAAGAGAGCCUUCUCCGCUCGCCUGAACCAGGUACCAGCUCCCUUCGUAGGGAAGGGCCGAGGCGUUCUAGAGAGGGGAUGAAGGCUAAGGCCCAAUACAAGGCGGCCCUCAAAAUCCAAACCCGGCUACAAGGCAAAGAGGACAUCUCCCAAGAGGAGAAGUCCAAACUAGCAUGGGCUGAGCAAAAGGUAGAAGAAGGGCGUCUCCACUACGCGCAGCUGCCUCAGAUGAAGGCGAUGAAGGGUGAAUUCGCCAAUAGGACGAAGAAGCCCAAGCAGAAGGCCAAGGUGAGCGACGUGUCCAAGAGGCACCUCAUCGUGGCCCUGAUCGACCGCAGCGACGAAAAUGGGAAGAUGACGGCGGCGCAGUGGAAACAGGUCCACGCCCAGCUGGUAGACUGCCUUUUCGCGCGAAUGGAGGAAGCGCCGGACGCUGCCAUGCCCACCUUUGACGGUGCGGGAUGGCUGAACGGGGUGAAGAUCCUCAAAUGUAAUGAUGACCCGACGAGGAAGUGGCUGUUGCAAGUGGUGCCCAAAUUGGAAGCUCUGUGGGAGGGGGCCAAGCUGGAGGUAGUGGACAGGGAGAUGAUCCCUUCCAUCCCAAAGGCGAAGGUGCUCUUCCCCAUUGCAGUCCAGGGAGACCGAGCACUGAAACUUCUCCAGAGGCAGAAUACAGAGGUGCCUACGGCGGACUGGAAAAUCCUGCAUGCUGGUAGCCCGUUACCCAAUGAGGGGGGCCAGCACAUGAUCAUCCAGAUCAACAAGGAGGCAGAGGACAUCCUCUACCCGAGAUUCGGGAAGAUGGCAUGGGGCGUAGGCAGUGUCUACCUACGUCUCAAAAAGCGCCACCCCGAGGACAAGGACGCGCAUACCCUGCAGGUAGGCGAGGUGGAAAAGGACUUAGGUCUGGAGUCCAUCGUAGAGGCCGCCCAGGAUCUUGCGCUGGACGACUCUGAUGCCGCAGAGGACGAGGACGCACUGAAGACCUGGCUGCGGUGA